AUGUUUUCCUUUUUCUUAUCGGGAUCUACAAGUAAAAGGCUUGCAUCUCAAAAACCUAGUGCUAGUCCUAGUUCUAGUCGAACUCCUGCACCACCAUCUGCAAGGGGUUCUUCAACACCAAGUGAAACUAGCAUUACAAAUGUGGGCACCGAUGUCGAGAUAUGUGGUGAUGACCUAGAGGAAGAUGAAGAGGAUGGCGAAGACCAAGAGCAAGCUCAACUGGUGGCAAGAGGAGGAAGAGGUGCACAUCGAGAAGUCUGGAAGUACUUUACAAAGAAAGUUGAGGUUGUAGAGCCCUACAAAUAUGACCAAGAAGUUAGUUUGCAGAAAUUAAAUUUGGCAAUAACCAUGCAUGAAUAUCCUUUCAACAUAGUUGAGCAUGAGUAUCUUGUUGAUUUCAUAAAGUCUCUCCGUCCUAAUUUUCCGAUUAAGUCACGUAUCACUGUUAGGAAAGAAAUAAUGGAUAAAUAUUUGGAAGAGAAGGAAGUUUUGUAUGCGUACUUGAAAACUAUGCAGUGCCGCUUUAGUGCAACCAUGGAUAUGUGGACCUCAUGCCAAAACAAAGGAUACAUGUGUGUCACAAUUCACUGGGUAGAUGAUGAGUGGCGUAUGCAGAAGAGAAUUAUUGGUUUUUUCAAUGUGAAAGGAAGGCAUACCGGUGCAAAGCUGUCAGAAACAUUUACUGAAGUUAUGGUUAAUUGGUACAUUGAGAAGAGAUUGUUUGCCUUGACUUUAGAUAAUGCUAGUUCCAAUGAAGUGGCUGUUCAUGAUAUAAUUUCAGAUCUGAAAGAUAAUGAUAAUGGCUCUCUAGUUUGUGAUGGGAUUUUUUUUCAUGUUAGAUGUGCCUGUCAUAUCCUCAAUUUGGUUGCUAGAGAUGGGUUGAAAGCAAUUUCAGCAACAAUUACCAAAAUCAAAUCACUUGUGUUAGUUGUGAAAGGAUCUCCAUUACAAUGGGAAAUGCUUUUGAAUGAUGAUGCCACAAUUAGUGCAAUGGCAAUUGCAAUGAAUGAAAAGUUUGAGAAAUAUUGGCGCAAUUCAACAUUGCUCUUCUUUGUAGCUUGUUUUCUUGAUCCUAGAUAUAAGAAAAAGCUUAUUGAAUACUACAUGAGGAAGUUCUAUGGUGAUGAGUAUCAAGUUAAACUUGAUGAGUUUGUUAGUGUGAUAAAGAAGUUGUAUCGGUUUUAUGCUAGUUCGGCUAAUGCAACAUCAAAGAAGAAAAAUUCUAAAUAUGUUGGAUCAAUUGUGAGUGAUCUUGAAGUGGAGGCAUUGUCUCUCGCAAUGGCUAAUAAGCUUAAGCUUGAGGAAGAAAUCAAUGAGGGAAUGAAGAGAAGCGAGGAACUAGAAGACAUGGGAAGUGUCUUUGAAAUAUAA